AUGGAAGAUCAAUAUUCUCAUGGAGGUCGAAGCAAAACAAGAGAAAAAAAAUCAGCUUCAACAUCAAAAUCUCAAGCCACUAAAAAAGACAAUGUGCGAUUGACAGAGACUGAUCCUGAUUAUCCAAAGGAUAUCCCAAAAGGAUCCAAACACCAGGAAAAGUUUUGGUGUGAUGAACUAAGAGAGGUCAUGAAUCAAGGUGUUAGACGUGUUUGUUGGACUGUGGCAUCAACAAGAAGCUUAUCGGCUCGGCUUUGCAUUGAGAAAAAAGUUCGGUCUCUCAAGUACUUGUCACUCCUUCAUCUUUUGGUGGGUCUUUUUGACAAGACCGGAAAAAACGGAGAACUGAAAGACUUAGGGCAUUUGAAGAAGUUUCUAGAGGAAAAUGGUGCUAUUUUGGAAAAAGAUUGCAAGUGCACUGAUCCACUGAUUGAAAUGAACAAGAAAAAAGACUAA